UCUCAGUGUAGUAGAAAGAGCAAAAGAAGAGAAGUGAAGUGAAGCUUCAGUCCAUGAUGAAGAUCCUCCUCAUCUUCACCCUCUCCCUAAUAUCAGGUCCAGUGGGCUGUGUUGAUGUACCCGUAAUUGGCUACUCAGGAGGAAGCAUCAUUAUAAUCUCUGAUCGGUACUGGAGUUCAGUAAAUAGUAAUUAUAUUUGUAAGGUGGAAAUGAGUAAGUGCACAGAAAUAAAAAAGACAAACAAUGGAAUGGACCAUGUUCAACUGGAAAGAUUCAUCCUUUUUAAAAACAAGGGACGUUUGGCAGUGUUUAUCAGAAAGCUGAAGCCACAGGAUGCUGGAACAUACAGAAUGGGAUGGGGAAGGUCAAAUUACACUGAUGUGAGCCUGAAAAUUGUUAAAGAUUCUUGUUGUGUGGGGACAAAAAUAAUGAACAGUGAUCAAGGACAGCAAACCAACAUCAUCUGUAACUAUCCAGCGGAGUACGAGAGAAACUACAAGUAUUUCAUGAAACUUGGCAAUGACAGUAUUGAAAGCAUUCUGAAUACUGGAACACAGUCUCAGAAGGGCAGAUUCUCCAUUUCUGAUGACAGAAGUGCUAAAGUGCUCAGUGUGCACAUCAGUGAUGUGAGAGAAGCUGAUGAAGGAGUUUAUUAUUGUGGAGCGGCGGACACAGUGGGCUCAGUCCAGUAUUACUCCGACUUCACGAGGAUUCAGCUGCAUGUUAGAGCAACCACCACCUCCAUAGUGACAUCAGCAGCACCAACAGAAAUCCCAUCUGAUGUAGCCACAGGUUCUUCCAAUGUCAUCAUCAUCAGUGUGUGUAUCUGUGUGGCUCUGCUGCUGAUUGGAGGAUUUACACUGAUGAUCUACAAACUGAGACACAAGAGAGUACAAGGUUCAACACGUUCAUCCAAAGACAAUGAACAGGUUCCUUCUGUUUAUGAGAAUGUCCUGGCUAAUUUACCCUCAUGGGAAAACUUGAACACCAUAAUGAGAUUGAACCAUCAGACACCGGAAUCAUUUACAGGCCAAUCAGAUUCAGCAUACCAAACGCUGGACCCCCUCACCAUCCAAUCUGAUUCAGACUACACGUCCCUGAUUAACACCACUGAACAACUACCAAUGUCUUCUCACUACCAAUGCCUGAAUCCUAGAACUCUGACUAACUCGGUUUACCACACCCUUCAUUCUUAAUGCUUCCUUUUUUAUUUAUU